AACCAGUAGGGGCCAGUGGACUGCGAGCCGCUCGCCAUAUUUGUUGUUGUUUGAUGGGGGAGGUCGUGAAGACACGGGUGGAUUAAGUGCUUGAGAGAUUAGUUUGAUGCGAACAGUUUUUUUGGGACCGCGAGUGUGUGUGAAUGUUCGAAGGCGAGUGGACAGCAGAGCCAUAGGACCACCACCUGGACGGAGACGAUGUUGGCGGGCGUCGGGGCCGGGGGCGGCGGCGGGGAUGACGAGGCCGAGAUGCUCGAGUGGGAAAUCGACAACGAUAGGUUCAGCUUCGAGGAUUCGGACCGCUUCGAGGAAGAUUCCCUGUGCAGCUGGAGUUCUGAACCGGAGAGCGUUUGCAAUAAUUGGAGGGGGUGGAAGAAGCCCGUCAACGGUGGAUCCUACAGCUUCGGGGCCAACAAGAAACAAGCCGAAGAUAAAGGUAGUAACGUGACAUCCUUAACGGAAUUGUCAGCAAAAUGCGUUGCUUCGCAUAUUCCCUUCGAGCUAGUGGAGCAUGUCUUCCCACCCGUGCCGGAACAACUACAACUCCGCAUUGCCUUCUGGAGUUUUCCGGACAACGAGGAGGACAUCCGGCUCUACUCAUGUCUGGCAAACGGCUCGGCCGACGAAUUCUCUAAAGGAGAAACGCACCACAAGAACAACUGCGUUAAAGAUCCUCUUCAAAUCGGUUUCCAUCUAUCUGCCACAGUGCAUUCACCGCGUAUGGUGCCAAACAAUGUAGCCGUCACAUUCGAUAGGAGGCGGAUUUCUUCGUGCAACUGUACUUGCAACUCGUCCGCUUAUUGGUGCUCACAUGUGGUUGCCGUAUGUUUAACGAGAAUACACUGGCCUCAUUUGGUGACGUUAAGAGCUCCAGUGUCAGAAUCACUUUCGCGCCUUCAUAGAGAUCAACUUCAAAAAUUUGCUCAGUACUUGAUCAGUGAGUUGCCGCAGCAGAUUUUACCGACAGCCCAGCGUUUGUUGGAUGAACUGCUCGGUAGUCAGCCGUCUGUUAUAAACAGCGUAUGUGGAGCACCUGAUCCGACUGCUGGAGCCUCGGCCGCUGACCAGACCUCAUGGUACCUGGAUAAUAAAGCCCUGCAUGGAAAUAUCAAGAAAAUUCUGAUUAAAUUUUGCGUGCCGGCGCCUAUUGUGUUCAGCGAUGUCAACUAUCUCAGUACAACGGCUCCACCCGCAGCUGCUGAAUGGACAUCUCUACUAAGACCAUUACGCGGAAGAGAACCUGAAGGUAUGUGGAACCUCCUGAGUAUCGUCCGUGAAAUGUUCAAACGGAACGAUCGCAACGCUAUUCCGCUACUGGAAAUCAUCACAGACGAGUGCAUGGCAUGCGAGCAGAUUUUGGUAUGGUGGUUCAAUACCAAAGUUGCUUUACUUAAUGGUAGCUCUGGAUACGGUGGUGGAGGUGGCGGCGGCGGUGGUAAACACAACAACGUGAAUAGUAACACUCAUGCCUCCCAACAUGCGUGCUCCUCGCUUUGCGACGAAGUGGUCAUACUCUGGCGGUUGGCUGCUCUUAAUCCCGGUUUAGCACCGCAAGAACGCGACAUGCUCCACCAUCAGUUCAAUACGUGGCACUUGAAGGUGAUGGAGAAGGUCUCCAAAUGUCGUAGCGGCAAUAAUAACAAUUCCAAUAAGAAUGGUGGCUUGAAAAUGGAUCUUGAAGUAUUCACCGGUUUUAAGCCGGCUAUCGAGGCUUGUUACAUGGAUUGGGAGGAUUAUCCAAUGCCAGGUAUCACGUACACACAAGACACAAAUCCCAUGUACCAUUGCCCGUUCACUUGUUUCCGUCACUCCGCCGACAGCAAAACCGGCGAUAAUAAAGUGCCCCAAGUGAAUUCUAGCAAGGCUGUUUUGAACUGCGAACAUCAUCUUCAUCACCGACACAGUCAUCACGCUGGUCUGAGGAGUCGUUAUGACUUUAUUGACAUAUUUGAACCGGUGGAUUACACGAACCAUGCACAAAUGGCACGAGAUGGGAAUAGAUCGAGUGUGUCCAGUGAAGGAUUCUGCGAAAAUGAUGAUGAUCUGAAUAUAAUCCGGGAUGCUGCACGUGUUAUGCUCUUAAGAACAAUGGAAUUUGAUUCACAAGAGGGUGGCAGCGAGUCCAGCAGUAGUAGCGGAAGUAGCAACCGCGAGACUUCGGCCCAGCAAUCAAGCUCUGAUAGCACGGAAGGGAAGAAACCUGUACCCUCGACUUCGAAGGAUGAGGAACGACGGCCGUCCAAGGAUGAAUCUAGUUUAUCAGAUUCGUCGCCGCAGUCACAAUCUGGUGACGAGUAUAAUGUGUAUUUCUACAACCCAAAAGAGUUGGCAAUUGGGGAAAGGCUUAAGAUUAAGACAACGGCCACUACAAGCACGGCAGAAGACUCCGAUAAAAAUUCAGUCUUUUCUAACUUGAAGCGUUCUGAGGAUCCAUGGGAUGUUUUGUUUGCAAGAGCAGAAGGCUUACAUGCGCAUGGACACAAUAAAGAAGCCAGUAUGUUGGCAGUAAAAUUAGCCGAAGAAUUGUUGGCCAAUCCACCUGAUCUAAUGAUCGACAUUCCUCCAAUACCGAAGCGUAAAGGCAAGAAGCAGCAUUUGAAUCCGGCCACCCAUCAGUUAAGCUGCUUAGCUUCAGCGACUUUAGCAAAAUGCGCUUUCCUAUGUUCGGUGCUAGCAGAAAAUUCCGAACAUUCUCAUUUAUCAUUUAGGGUAGGCAUGUUUGGAUUGGAAAUGGCGAGGCCCCCGGCCAGCACCAAACCUUUGGAAGUAAAACUGGCGAACCAAGAGUCCGACUUGGUGAGUUUGCUCAAGAAGAUACCUCUGGGACACAGGGAGUUACAGAUAUUACGGGAAAGGGCCGAACAGCUAAAGGACGGAACAUUGAAAUCACGCGGCGAGGCGAUGCUUCCUUUAAUGCUAUCCAGUUUCAUUUUUGAAGCGCUUGUUAUGCCGUCUAUUGUUGGACGAGAGAGGAGUCGUGUUUUGAAUCUGCGACUACCCACAGAUGAACCCUUAGGAUUCGAAGCGGCAGUGGCUGCAAUGGGUUUGAAGGCCAACGUUAGUGAAGCGGAUCAUCCUCUGCUAUGUGAAGGUACUCGCAGACAAAAAAGUGAUCUGGCAAUUACAUUGUUGGUAUUCUACAAGGAUGACUGUUGGAAGGUGGCUAGGAUUAUGGAUAGGUUGUUAGAUAAAGACAUACACCAGUUGCUCAAGGGACCUAUUCUCAAUUCGUACUACUCGAGUAAUCCACCAAUAAAAAGUCAAUAUUCCAAUCUUAAACGCGAGGAACACGAUAAGGUGCUGUCACCUUUGAAUUCAUUUUUACCACCAAAUGAUAUACUCUCCGGAGAUAUGAAUAGCAGACCACAGAGCUCUACAAGCGCUGAAAUAGAGCAAGGGCUGGCAAACAUUACUUUGGGGCCGUCUACGAGCAGUGCUGUUCCCACACAAUCCACGAUGUCAGCAACUGGGGUUACUGCUACCACAAUUACAACGACAUCGUCAAUGAGAACAAAGGAGGGACGAUACAAGGGAAAACGGGCUUAUCCUUCUAUUCCAAAUCAACCUAGCGAGGCUGGAGCGCAUUUCAUGUUUGAAUUGGCUAAAACUGUGCUGAUUAAAGCAGGUGGAACUAGUAGCACAUCGCUCUUUACACAACCUAGCACCAGCCAGAAUCACCACGGACCUCACCGGGCUUUACACAUGUGUGCGUUCCAAUUGGGAUUAUAUGCUCUAGGUUUGCACAACUGUGUUAGCCCUAACUGGCUCAGUCGUACCUACUCCUCGCACGUCUCUUGGAUUACAGGUCAAGCAAUGGAGAUCGGAGCUGCAGCGAUAGCUUUCCUGAUCGAGACUUGGGAGAAUCAUCUGACGCCUCCUGAAGUAGCGAACAUCGCCGAUAGAGCAUCAAGAGGUUGUGAUGUGAAUAUGGUCAGAGCGGCAGCGGAAUUAGCUCUGUCCUGUUUACCACAUGCUCAUGCCCUCAACCCUAACGAGAUUUCUAGGGCCAUCCUCCAGUGCAAGGAACAAAGCGAUCUCAUGCUUGAGCACGCUUGCCUCACGGUGGAGAACGCUGCCAAAGGUGGUGGUGUAUAUCCAGAAGUUUUGUUCCAAGUCGCAAAAUACUGGUACGAGCUGUACUUGCGACACACGCCCGGUGGAGAACAGUUGAUGGAGAAUGAUUUACCACAUGAUCCCAUCUUAGAUGGCCACGGGGCUCUGGUGGCUCUCAUCGAAACACCUGAGAUAAGCCAGCCCCCUCCGGUGGUAGUAACCACAGCGUCUCCUCAGUACGUCCCUUAUGCCUAUUCGUUCACCGUUCAUCCACACGUCAGCUACGGGGGCCCUAUACACCCUCACGCAACCGUGUCUUUACAGCCGCCGCCCCACAUGCAGAUGUACCUACCGGCGCCUCAGUUUCCAUAUCCGCCCCACUCGAACGCUGGGCCGCCAAACGCCGGACCCCCUGCCCAGUACCAGUUACCGCCGCCACAGGCGCAAGCUCCACAACCCUCAUACCAACCACCACCUACAUAUGUAGCCUCACAAAAUGGUCCUUAUACGCAGGGUCCAUCUCCAUACGCUCCUUUAACGCCGCCGUAUCUACCACCCCCUCAAAACAAUGCCUAUCCUCCACAACCGUCCACUUAUAACGGCCCAACGACCGCUCAGAUGCAGUACUACGGGGCCGCAGUGACAAUCGCUCAACCACCAAGACCCGGUCACAUGUACCCUGUGGCGUUGGCUCAGACCGCUGGUAUGCCGGUCGCCACUCGACCUCAUCGCCAGCAACUGAAUCAGAUCCAGUUGAGGUACCUUCUAGCUGCAUACCGCGUUGGUAUGCUGGCCAUGGAAACACUUGCCCGACGAGUUCACGACGACAGACCGCAAGCAAAGUAUGCCAGAAAUCCACCUUAUGGAGAAGAUGUUAAAUGGCUCUUGAGAAUCUCUAAACAUUUAGAAAUGCAUUUAGGAACCCAAUAUUUGCACCAGUUCUGUGUAUCUGCUGUAAAUUCAAUCGUGAGCCCCUUCGUGCUGCACGAUGUCGCCAUGGAGGCCGCCCAAUAUUUGGGUAGAAGUAAUCCUGGACUGAUGAUGCGUACGGCAUUAACACCGCUCAUACAGAAGUGUCAACAGAUGUACAUCCAAUGUAUGCACCAAAAACUAUAUCAUCUCACGGUUGGCGAUUACGAGGAUUUUGUGAACAUCGUUCUCGCAGCGAGGGCAGCGUUUCAGAUCACUCCCGAUGGCAGCGCUCAGUUUAAGGAGUGGCUUCAAUCCAUCAAACGAUCAAAGUCGUGUAAGAAGGAUUUAUGGGGACAGAUCAAUACAGCGCUGCAGUCCAAUGCUAAAUGACAAAGGUCUGACGCCAGAGUCCAGCUGGAAGUGGUGACGGAGGGUCAGGGGACGCAGCAGACGUCACAGGCGCAACCUCCGCCACCGCAGUCCAUUGUGGCCGCAAUGGUAUUUCAGUCUAUCGUCAACGAACAACACUGGCUUUCGGGGAGCGACGCGGCCGGGGGCGGCAACCAAAGUUGAUCUUCGCACAUCUACCAUCUUCAACAACAACAUGAACAUCAAGUGAUUGAUCUAGUGCUCAGGUUUCUCUGCCUUUACGCGUAUCCAACAAAUUAAAAAUUAAAUUCAUAGUAUUAGCGAAAUUUUUAUUAUUACAUAUUAAUAUCCUUAGGUAAAACAAAAUGAACGACAAAAAAAAUAAUAAAACACAAAAUAGGGAAUCAAUCAUAUGCGAUGCUAAUACUUAAAAUUUUAAAAGAAACUAAAUAUUAAAAUUAAAACUCGAGAUAUGAGGUUUAAACAAUCUUAGUUAAAAGUAUUCGUAGACUUCUCUUCUCGUAAUUUAAUUUCUAGAUAAUUUCUUUUAUUAUUUUUCUCUAGGUAUAUGUAUGUAUAUAAUUAUAUAUGUAUAUACAUAUAUAUAUAAGUAGUAGGGUAUGGUAUGUAACCGCCCAGCUGUUUUGGGCACCGUGCACGUGCUUUUCUUGUUCUGCUAUUGGCCGGCGUAAACUUAAUCAUACAAAUAUGCGCCGUUCACUGAGAACAAUUGCAGGCAACUGUUUGUCGUGCGAAUUAUUAACAAAAAAAAAUAUAAAUGAUCAUCUAGUAUAAUAAUCAAUUCAGAUGCAUAUUACUAGUAAGUGCCAAGCAAUUUCACAAUUAUUAUUUCGUUCUUUGUCAAAAAAUAUGUUUACUUUUAAACACGGAGAGAGCGUGGGGAAACUACGAUUUUGAGCAAAAAAAAAGUAACUCGAGAAAUUAUGUAAUAUCUCAAGUUAUUAUAUAUUUAUUAUAUAAAAUGA